AUAGAGGCAGUGAGAGGCAGGGAGCUCCUGGCAGCCACCAUGAAGGGCCUCAACCUGCUCUGCUGCUGCGUGGCCUCGCUCCUGCUCCUCGGCACUGCAGAGCCACACGCCCCCGGCAUGGACCAUGUCGGCGGUGCUGCCGAAAGCCCCUUGCCAGCCGCAGAGCCCAGGCUGGAGGAGAAGGCAGCUGAUGGCAGCCCUGAGGAGGACCAAGAUGGCGGCCCUGCCAACACCUCCUUGCCUGGCACUGCUGAGGAGGGACGUGGAGAGGGGGAGGAAGAGCCGGUGGGUGGCCUGAGCAGGGACCUGGGGCCAGGGGAUGGCCAGCUGGAGGAGACCACCAGGGAGAAGGUCCAGGAGGGGCCCAGCAAGGCACAGAGCCCAGAGGAGGACACCGUGCUGGGUACCCCGGAGGCAGCGCAUCAUGAAGGGAACCGUGGGCCUGGCUCACAAGAUGGCUUCCAUGCCCGGGAGGAUAAGGAGCCCAGCACCAAGAAAGGAGUCUCUGAGGAGCAAGGGCAGCCUGGGGAAGAGAAAAUGGAGGAGCCAAGAGCAGUGUCUGCUCCUGAGGGUGGACAGGAAGGGGACGAGCAGAGCUCAGAGGAAGAUGACGAACAGGGGGAGUCUGAGGAAGAUGAACAUGGCGAGUCUGAGGAAGAUGGAGGCGAGGAAGAGUCUGAGGAGGAGGGAGAGUCUAAGGAGGAGGAAGAGUCUGAGGAAGAUGGUGCUGGGCCAACAGGGCCUGAGAAUGGAGCUGAAGGGAGUGACAAGGAAGUGGCCAGCACUUCUAGCAAAAAGGGCCAUGGCAAACCAGCAGCUGCAGGCAAGGGAGAAGCCGGGGAUGGCCCUGCCAACUGCCAUCACCCACCCUGUGGGGACACAGCAGAAGGCCCGCCAGCAGCAGUGGAAGACCCACUGGCAGCAGAAGACCCAAUGGCAGCAGUGGAAAACCCACCAGCAGCAGAAGACCCACCAGCAGCAGUGGAAAACCCACCAGCAGCAGAAGAUCCACCGGCAGUGGUGGAAAACCCACCGGUAGCAGAAGACCCGCCAGCAGUGGUGGAAAACCCCCCAGCAGCAGAAGACCCCCCUGCAGACAAGCCAUCACUAGCAGAAACGGAGAGCCCACCUGGCCACAGCACCCACCCAGCUGCCGCUGAGCUCCGGCACAGCCAGAUAGAAGAGGUUGAAGAUGCCAGCGAGCCGACCAAGCGUGACCGGUCCCACUUGGAAAGCACCCUCAAGCUGAAUGAGGACAAACCUGCUGAUGAUUUCUCAGGAGUACUGCAGCGGCUGAGGAAGAUCUACCACUCCUCCAUCAAGCCCCUGGAGCAGUCCUACAGAUACAACGAGCUGAGACAACACGAGAUCACAGCUUACCCCGGACGCACCCUGGGCUCCUCUGCCACAGAUGGGGAGAUCACUUCCAAGCCAAUGGUGCUAUUCCUGGGACCGUGGAGCGUCGGCAAAUCCUCCAUGAUAAACUACCUCCUCGGGCUGGACGACACUCCCUACCAGCUCUACACAGGGGCAGAACCCACCACCUCUGAAUUCACUGUCAUCAUGCAUGGCCCCAAGCUGAAGACCAUCGAGGGCAUCGUGAUGGCUGCUGACAGCGCCCGCUCCUUCUCACCCCUGGAGAAGUUUGGGCAGAACUUCUUGGAGAAGCUGAUAGGGAUUGAGGUGCCCCACAAACUGCUGGAGCGAGUCACCUUUGUGGACACGCCGGGCAUCAUUGAAAACCGCAAGCAGCAAGAACGAGGUUACCCAUUCAACGACGUGUGCCAAUGGUUCAUUGACAGAGCUGAUCUCAUCUUCGUUGUUUUUGACCCUACAAAGCUGGACGUGGGCUUGGAGCUGGAGAUGCUGUUUCGCCAGCUGAAGGGCCGUGAGUCUCAGAUCCGAAUCAUCUUGAACAAAGCCGACAGCCUGGCUACCCAGGAGCUCAUGCGAGUCUACGGUGCCUUAUUCUGGAGCCUGGCUCCUCUCAUCAAUGUCACAGAGCCACCCAGAGUGUAUGUCAGCUCCUUCUGGCCCCAGGAGUACCAUCCAGAUACCCACAAAGACCUGUUCCUCAAAGAAGAGAUAUCGCUCUUGGAAGAUCUCAACCAGGUGAUUGAGAACAGGAUGGAAAAUAAGAUCGCCUUCAUACGCCAGCACGCCAUCCGGGUGCGCAUCCACGCCCUUUUGGUCGAUCGUUAUCUACAGACCUACAAGGACAAAAUGACCUUCUUUAGCGAUGGAGAACUGGUGUUCAGGGACAUUGUGGAAGAUCCUGACAAGUUCUUUAUCUUUAAGUCCAUUCUGGCAAAGACCAAUGUCAGCAAAUUUGACCUCCCCAACCGCGAGGCUUACAAGGACUUCUUUGGCAUCAACCCCAUCACCAGUUUUAAGCUGCUGUCUCAGCAGUGUUCCUACAUGGGAGGGUGUUUCCUAGAGAAGAUCGAGAAGGCCAUCACUCGUGAGCUUCCCGAUCUCUUGGGAAGCAUCGGCUUGGGGAAGAAGCCCAACAUUCUCUCCUGCGACAUCACUGGCUGUGGUGAAACCCCAAAGAAUCGCUACAGGAAACCCUAAGGUGUCCUGUAAUAUAACCAUCCACGUGUUCCUACUGGUGAAUGAGCUUAUGUCUUAUCUGUCCAAGAAGCCAUGGUUUGUUAACCCUUUGAGUGCCACACUGGCAAAGGCUACUGUACGAUGAGGACUUUGAGUCAUUGACAUCGAUGGCAGGGGACGAUGGGUGGGCAUAAGAGAGAGAAUAAAAACUGUGAAUUCCUGACAUUUUAUCUUUGUUCUUUUGAGUAGAAGGCAAUGUUUAAGCUGUAAGUAUGAGCAAUGCACAGUAAGCUAGAACUGUAGCUGCUUUUUCACUGGUGCCAAGAGUGCAUGAACAGGAAUUUCAACCUCUGCAUCUCCGAAGCCGGCAGGGAGCAAGAACAAGGGCACGGCGUGAGAGCACAGGGGAAAGUGGUGACACACUAACCCGGGGCAUCACCAGGAGCCCCGGGGGCAAAGCGCUGGGCAAGGAAAGAGAGGCCAGAUCCCAGCUGUUGUUUUCAGGCACAAGCAUCCUACAAAUCUCUGCAAAUAUUGAUCUUGUUUUUCUUUCUGAGACUUGUGGGUUACCAAGUGAGUUCUCCUUUUGCAUAACAGCUGAGUUGAACUUCUGCAGCCUUCACCUGGGUGUUUGCCUUAAGAAGGGCCAUUUGCAGGGGUGUUUGUAGCUCCAGACAGAUAGCCGUGAUGGGAUUUGCAAGUCCAUGUCAGAGGAAGCAGUGGGCUGGAAAGGAGCUGAGCUGUGCUGGAGGAGGAAGGCCAGCACCCCAAAUCACACGGUCCUGCAAGGAGCCAUGAGCAGGUUUUCCUCGCCCUGGGCCAGCACAGGGACGGGGCACUUCAUGCCUGUGUGUGCCAUCAACCUCAAAAACCCAUGCUGGCAAGUCAAGCCUGUGGAUCAGCAGGGCUCUGAGGAUUAAGGGUUUGGCAGUUUGACCUUGUUCAAGUCCAUGUUGCUGUUUUCUCAGUCAAACCCCCAUGUUUUUGUGCUCUGUGGAGGGAGGCAUGAACAGGGGGUCAUUAACCACAUCCUUUUGCCCAUCUGCUGAUCUGUUCUCCCUAGGACAACCCAGGCAGGUUUCUCUGGCUUGUUCACCAAACUUCCCCCAUUUUAGCCAUGAUUUUGUUGGCUCAUCGCUGUGCAUCAACACUCAGUCCUGGGAGGAGAAUGAGUAUUGCUUUGGAAACACCCGAGCAGGGCGAGGUUCCCCGUGGACAGCCAACGUUGAAACCCAGCAGUGAAAGCCAGGGGAUUAGGGGUGGCCUCGUCACUUGGCCCUCAUGGCCAGCAUGGCUGGCUGCUGAGCCGAACACAAACCAGCCAAGAGGUAGAUGUUGGCCUGGAUGGAAACCAGUGCCUUCGAGCCCACCAAGGACCUGCUGAAUGUCCCUUCUCCUUCCUCCUGCCAAAUGACCACAGCUAGCGCUGCUCUCCAGGAAACCUCUGGAGCAGAGGGACUUACCUUUGACAGGAACAAGAAGAUGUGGAGGUGCCAGGUGAGGCAAGAAAAAGGCAAAAGGAAUGAAAGAGGGAAAGAGAAAGCUGGGAAUGGAAGGCUCUUGUGAUGAGAAGGGUGUGAAGGGCAGUGCCCCUCGUCUCCACAUACCCAAAGGGACAUGGCCUAGGGCAGAAGGUCUGUGGAGGCUCCAUGUCCCCUGGCACAGAGGCCAGGCACUGCAAAGAAGAGGUCCCCUCCAGUCCAGGUGAGUUUGGGGGGACACUGCCCAAGGGACUUCCAUGCUCCUUGCCUCUGCUUUGAGGUAGGACUCUACAUUUGAACUUAUGAAGACAAGACCCAAAUCUACGUCCAAGCAUGGGAAGGGGCAUGGCUUGUGCAGAGGGAUUUUGCCCACAGGGCAGAGGGGACCGGAGGUCCGAGGGAAGGCAAACAGAGUGUCAGAGAAAGCAGCAGCCAGAAGAGCCUGGAGAGAAGUGAUGUGUUCGUGAGUCAGUGUCGCAAGGUCUCAAACCUGCCCCAGAGCUGCUGCCCCCCUCCGCUGCUGUUCUUUCUUCUUUCUUGUACAUGAUCCUGUUGUUCAUCAGCGUCCCUCUCUGUCUCACCUACUCCUCCUCGCCUCUAACACUCCUCUGCUGGGCUAGUCUGCAUAGUUUUCUUAAGAGCUAAUGGAAUAGAAACACUGACAGAAAUGGGCUAAUAUUGUCACUGUUCCUGCCAUCACACUGCGUGUCACUGUCACGGCAAGCAAAGGCUAUCAAACAUGUCUAUUUGCGAGCACCGUAUCGCGCCACCUCUUUCCUUGCUGCCCUGUCGCCCCAAAGCCAUGGGCUCUGGGGUACCCAGGGAAAGGCCCCCCAUCCCAGGAAGGAGCUCCAAUGCUCCCUUGUGGCCCUGAACCUAAAGGCGCCAUCACUCUGCUUUCAGGACACUCCCAUCGUUCUCCCCAUCCCUUCUCUGUUUUCCUUUUCUUUUGCUUUAUUCUCCAGCACUCAUUGCCUCCUCUCCUCCCUUUCUCUUCCCUUCAGCACCCACAUGCCCUGUGCAAAGCCCUGGUGCCUGUGUCCUGGAUGGGGCUCCUCUGUGACAGCCAAAACCUUUUUCCCCCGCCCUGAUAUUGUACAUUAGGGUUCUCUUUCCAAAGCGAUGGCAGCGGUGGUCCGAAGCUGGGGCUGUUUUCUGCUCCCUGUGACGCACACUGACUCGGCUCUGUGCUGGCUCGGGGAGACACCAACACUGAGAUGCUUUCUCUCCCGUGGAUCCAAGUAGCUGUCAGUCCCAAGAAGAUUGCAGUCCCCAGCCCCGCUCUCUCCAAGCUUUCUUAGGAGAGCUCUGGGAAUCUGGGAGUGGAAAUGGGGAGCAGGGACACCCUUUCAUUUUGCUAAGAAACCCCAAGCCCCCAUGCCCGCGGCACAGUGGGGUGAGCAUCUCGCCCGAGAGCAUCACAGGAGGGAGGGAGCUGGGACACAGGCCCACGUAGCUGCCCGUGAUCGUCUGCAUUGGGAUAAAACUGUCAGCUUGAACAUCAGCCUGUCUAAUAAAACCUGGUAUUUUCCAGACACA